AUGGAAGAGUUGAAUGAGACCAUUGUAACAGAAUUCGUUCUUCUAGGUAUCACCGAUGUGCUGUGGCUACGGGUUGUCCUCUCUGUUAUGUUUCUUAUCUUCUACCUCUGCAGCUGCUUUGGCAAUUUAAGCAUUGUGACAGUAGUCAUUGCUGAUCAUGUUCUUCACACGCCAAUGUACUUUCUAUUGGCAAACCUUUCCUUGCUGGACUUCUUCUAUUCCACUACAACCGUGCCCAAGAUGCUAUCUGGUUUAAUUAUGGAAGACAAGAAAAUAUCUUUCCAAGGUUGUAUAACUCAGCUCUACAUGUUUCAUUUCUUGGGAUGUACUGAAGUCAUGCUUCUUGCAUCAAUGUCUUAUGACAGAUAUGUUGCCAUUUGUAACCCAUUAAGAUACCAAGUCCUUAUGGCAAGGACAGUGUGUCUUCAACUAGCAUUCACAUCCUGGCUCAUUGGUUCCUUAUACUCACUGUCCCAUACCAUUUUAACUAUCAGGCUUCCUUUCUGCAAAAUGAAUAAAAUAACUCACUUCUCCUGUGACAUUAAACCUCUCUUGAAGUUGGCAUGUACCGACACACAUAUCAACGAGAGCUUGGUCAACAUAGUUACAGGUUCUUUAGCUUUAGGUCCAUUUGUACUAAUUAUCAUCUCCUAUACCUUUAUUGGAAUUCAUCUCCAGAAUAUCCGUUCAGAACAAGGUAGAAGUAAAGCCUUCUCCACCUGCUCAUCACACCUUACUGUGGUCGCUUUAUUUUUUGGCACUGUUUUCUGCACAUAUUUAAGACCAGCUAAUAAAGAUACCCUGGAGCAAGACAGGAUUACAGGAAUCUUGUUCACGGUUAUCACCCCAGCAUUAAAUCCCAUCAUCUAUUCUUUGAGGAACAAGGAGGUGAAAAGAGCUUUUAAGAGAAGGUAUUUGAUAAGGUGGAUUCAAAGUGUGGGAGAUUAA